AUGCGACAACUGUCACAGCCGGAAAAUAGCUCGAUCCGCUCAGCGUUUGACUCGUUGCUGCCAAUUCCCGGUCUCUGGAAGGCGAUGAGUAUUGGCAACCUUCCUCGCGUCAUUGCGGUGAAGUGCGAUGAGGAAAUCAUCCGCUACCUCCGUUUUAUCAAGGACUUCUGGUCAUCGCUAGUCGAGCAUGACCGAUCCCAAAUGGAGAAGAUUGAUUGCGUGACCGUAGAGAAGCUCCAGCUUCUGGUUCCGGGAGGGCUGGACCGGACCAAAGUUAAAGGCCUGGUCCUCAGUGGUGAAGCAUUCGCGAAAUUUAACCAGUCGGAACGCAAGUCUAUCUGGAGGGUUUUGCGCCGUCGCGGUGAGAUUGUCCCAUCGCUUCACACUUUUUUCAAGGACCUUUCUUACCUCGAGGUCACAUCGAGCUGCCUUGGACGAUUAGUCGACCUCGCGGCCAUGCGCAAGCGCACCAUGCGGUCCGCCAUGAAGCAGAUCUACAACCCCGCAAGACAUGGUCGCGGUCGCUAUCAAAUGCAAGUGUCCGAGACGGAAUUCCGAUCAUGUUCCGGGACAGUGGAAGAAGGCAGAGAGAGUGGAUAUCGACAACUCUGGCUCUUUGCCUUUCGACACUACCUUCAAAUGCCGAAAGCGCGUCAGAAAAAGAAGCGACAUGCCAAAACCAAGUUCCGAGAAGCCGACGACGGAGUCGUGCACCGAAUGGCAUCCCUAGCCCUUCAACUAGGAUUCGACUCACCGCAGAUCCGACGUCUCAUAGACGACUCGCCAGAUCGCCGGCUUGCGCUGGAAGCGCUUCUGAAGGCGCGUGACCGUGAUCAGUAUCGAUACGAUUCUAUCGAUACGCUUGUCAAUCAGAUCGUGGCAUGUUUUAACGAGGCCGUUCCUGUCGAGAUUCGAGACCGUCGCGCCUCAGCUCCUUUUUCCACCAUCCCCAGACAGAGUCGAUGUGGGAAACCCAGCCUUGAGACUCACGAACAAGAGCAAAACUUUCUCUUCCUUGAUCAGAUGGAGAGCCAACCAUCGGAUGAGUCCAUUUCCGCGCUCUUUGUGAGAAGAUGUGUAUAUUUCGCUUUCUUUGGUCGACCAUCUGAGCCUCCCCCAGCCCCCAUUGGCGAAGAUAAUUCAACGCGCCAUAGCUCCCCUCAUCCGCCUCCGUCGCCACUGUUCGUCCCCGAAGAACACAAUCCGUUGGAUGACCACCAGAUGACGGGGAUCGCGGAUCAUGUCAACGACAGACCUGACACACCGCGUCGGAGCAGUAGACGCGAGGAGAGGCGGGAACGGCGACAGCGGCGACGGCAGAAGCAGGAACGGAGGCAGCAGAGAGAGUCUCGCCGUCAACAACGAAUGUCCAAUGGUGGGCAUGAAGGUGGACCGGCUGCCAGACGCCCUUCUGUAGACCAAAGCCACCGGGAAUCAAGUCGCGGGUCUUCCGGAAAUAUCACUGAAGUGGAAAUCGACGCUAGGAAUGAACACGAAUCUAGACAGCCGGAAGACACUAUAAUAGAGGAACUUAGAGGUAAUGCACUCACUGCUAGCCAUACGCCAGUUGAUCCACUGAUUGCGGAACCGAUUGAAACCGAAGCCACACUCGGGGAAGAUGUCCACGGGGUGGACACUCUUGAUGAUAUGAUGGCGCCAGAGAUCGUUAUCGAUGAUGUUGAGGACAACGCUAGACUGCACGGCUCCACAGAAGCGAAUCCACUAGGAGAGAUAGACGAAAACGAGUCUCUAACUCGACUCGAACCUGACCACCUUGGAGAACUGCCGUCAGGUCAUCUUAUAGAGGAUCGUCAAGCCGUUCUCAGUGCUGUAAAUCAGCAUAGGGCUGUUCGACGACGAGCCCGACCCUCAGUACUCAAGCGGACGGUCAAAUCCAGACGACAGGCUGCGGCACAGACCCGUCUACGCGGAAAGAAAUAUCGUCUGACGCAAGUAGAUAUAAAGCAGGGGCAUAAGUUCACCUCCGAUACAGAUCUCCCAAUCCAAAGUCCACUCGAUGACGUUGUAGCGGAAGAGAGGGCUCAAACGCUUGCGCAGUUAGAAGAGCGUCCAGUCAUCUCCGAAUCUGCUGUUGCAGAUCAUGCUGAUCUUCCCCAAACGUCACCCCUCCCUUCUGUGCCAGAGUUCCUUGAUAGAGUGCGCGAGCCCGAAAGUCCAGUGGAGGAGAGUCAUGAGCCCACCAACAUUGGGGAAGACCCGCACGAGACAGCAAUAGAGGACCGUAUUAUGACGCCAGAGAUAAUCAUCGACGAGCCGUCUCCUGAGUUGAACACCCCCACAGAAGCAGAUACACCACCGCGAGAAGUGGCUAACGGUGAGGCUCUAAUUCGACAAGAAGAAGACCACCGUCUUACAGAGUUUCCCUCCACACUCCGCUUAUCAAUACAGGACAGGGCUGCUCGACUGCGAUUAGCCAAAGCCAGACGACAGGCUGCUCGACGUUCCCGACACUUAGGACUCAAGCGAUCUGCCAAAGCCAGACGACAGGCUCCAGCACAAACACGUCUUGGCGGAAAAGACCAUCGUCUCACGCAAGUCGAUGUGACGCAAGGGCAUCAGUUCACCCCCGGUGCAGACCUUGGAGCUGAGAAUCUGCCUCCAACGGAGGAUCUCACCGGGCAGAGCCCACUUGAAGCGGUGGUGGCGGACGAGAGGGCGCAAACACUCGCCCAAUUAGAACAGCCUCCAGCCGUCUCUGAACCAGCCGUUGCUGAUCCUGCCAAUCCACCUCUGCCUUCGAUGCCAGAAUUGAUUGCUCGGUUGCGUGAGUCUGAAAGCCCGAUGGAAGGGAAUCAAGGAGAUGCAAUUGGGAAUCCUCCACAGGAGCAUCCUCAGGAAGAGCUGCGGCAGGAACGCAGUGAACAGCCGAGCCGAGAAGCUGCGAGGCCGGAAGCAGUGACUGACGACGGGGAACCCCGUCGAAAAGUCCCGAUAGACAAGAGAAUCGCUGAGGAAGCACGACGUCGACGAGAAGCCAAGCAGCGGGUAGAGAAUACUCCGCGAGCAGCCCAGGAACUCGAAAAUGACUUCACUCAGACCCAGAGCGGGGACGAUCUCUUCAAUGACGACGACAAUAGUGAGCCCGCGCCGCUGGAAGGCAAUCCUGCUGCUGCUGCUGGUGGAGAAAGUCAGCAGCGUCCAUCAACCAGCUCACCCAGCCAACCGCUUAAGGCUGGGCGAAAACAAUUUGCUCGGCAUGCUCGCCAGCGUCCAUAUGGGCGUCCGAUCGAGAAAGGCCAAGGCGACCGGGAUAGACCACUCACGCAGAUCAAUAUGCAGCUGACUGCUUCCGAUCAACCCACCAUUGCCUACGGAAAUCCGCCACUACCGUCCCUUCCUCCGGAUGAGCAACGGUUGACCGAGAACCCGCCCAACACGCUUCCAGUUCCCCAGCCCAGUGAUGGUAGUGUCGAGCGCAGGAGGAAAGCAGCCAACCUGAUUCGGGAACGGCGGCCACCCGGUGUUGCCAGUCCUCACGAGCCGUCCAAGGAUCUGGUCAUCUUCCGGGAAUGGACUGGGACUCGGUGGAUGGAGCACACGAGAGUUGCCGCUGAUCAAUCCGACCCGCUCCGCGUCGAGCGCGAAGCCAAGCGCUUUGUGGAAGCUCAUCACGCGCAGCUACGAGACGCGCGGAUGCGCAUCCUUAUGCCUUCACAAUGCCUUGCGUCGGCUCGACAGGAUGGGAGCCAUUCCGUGUUUCUGAUCUUUGAGAAUAAGACCAUUACGCCCGUCAUGGAAAAGGAGGCAGCGUUGUUCAUGCACUCCAGACACCACCGCCCUUAA